AUGGCAGAAAGGAAAUACGAUCUUGCCCUUGUCAAUACACUAACAGACAAAAAAGUUCGACUGCAUCCGUGGUAUAAGGAAAGAUUACAGACAAAACACAUCAAAUCUUUAAAACCUGCUGAUACUUCAAAAUGUUUGAUGGGAAAAGAUUGGCUGUUUCUGAAGGAUGGUUUGGAUGACUUCAGGGAUGGCCUGCCACCACCAGUUCAAGGAGAUGUUUUCAUCAAGGGAAGUAAAGGUCCAGGACCAAAUGUCAAACAUAGCAGUGAGAAUGCUAAGGUAGUAAAACAGCCAGCUGUGAGGAACAGAUUCAGUAAACACCAGAUCUGUUACUCACGACUGACUCCCCUUCAACAGCAGCGGAGGGAUCAUAUUGAUGAAAUAGAGUAUGGUCUAACCCAGCACCCCCUGGCUCUGUACCCACAUCUAGAGGAGAGUGUUAACCCUGAGCUUUUUGAGGAUAUUGUGGACAUCCUUGACCCUGAGAUGAACUUAGACUCCGAAGUUGGUUCAUUAGAGGACUUUGAUGAUGAGGAGGAAAGUAAAACUCCGAAAUCAGAUGAGGAUGGGGAUAAGGAAUCAGAGAUAGACUUAGAUAAAGCACAUGAGACGGAAGAGAAUGUUGUACGGAAUCCAUACAGAUGGCUUCCUCGCAAGGAGGAAAAGGAAAAGAAAGAUAAGAAGAAAUCAUCAGAUCGUGGUGGACCUGGGUCUCCUUCUAGAGGUGAGCAUAUACAGAAAGUAACCAAAGAGUUCUGUGAUUGGGUGGCGAGCCUAGGAGGAGAGGAGAAUAAUAUUGAGGAGUCUACCAUUACUAGUCUGUUUGCCAGUGGCUACGAGACAAAACCAGCCCUGUCUGUGCCGAUACAUGUCGUGGAGCUUACAAAUGUUCCACAGGACCUCCGCAGUACAGCUCCUGGAGCACAAACGCAACAGGCAAACAAAAAUAUACCACCUGCAGAGCAGAAGAAAGAAAACUGGAGCUACACAGGAAAGUAUGAACCAAGUUGGGUAAAAUUCAAAUAUGGAUCUUGGUAUUUGGACCCUAAAACUUGGAAGAUGAGAAAGUAUUCUGAACCCCUUAUGGAUCCAAAAGAGAUUAAAGACAAGGAAAUGUCUGAGGCCAAGAAGAGGAGCAAAGAAUUGAAUCAAGAAAUAUCUAUCUCUCAUGGAGCAAAGGCGUUUUCAGAGUUUAUGAACCGAAGAGAUGAUCGCAAACCAGAGUUUUUAAUUGAAGUGGAGGAUAUACAACAGAAGGCGGCAGAAGAGGAAGCGAGAAAGUUAGAGGCCGAGUUAGCGGCCAAGAACAAAACAUUUUUAUAUCGUAAAAAGGCUGACACUGUGGAAGCCUCCUAGCUGUUACUGUGAUGUUACAUCAUUACAGGAGAAAUCAGAUCAAUGCUUAUAUUUCUCAAGCCAGUGAAAUAAUGCUAAUAAUUUUAUAAAUUGUUUUUGUAAAUUAAGAAUC